AUGGAGAAGAGGCGUGGUGACGACCAGCAUGGGGAGCAGGCAACGGGACUCUUAUCAAAUGUUGAGUCACCACGAGGUGGCGGUGUGAUGGGAAGGGAAGGAAAUGGGAGAGGCAAAAGAAACAAGGCCAGCGCACGAGUGGUGGGCCAAACACGGACUGAGCAGUCUGGUAGACAGGCUGGCUGGGCAGAAAAGAGCCGUUCGUGCGCAAUCGGAAAACGGGCCGGUGCCCAACAGGGGAUCCCCGUUGUGUGA